UGCGACUGUUUACAUGCGACAUCAGACAUGGCUCUCUUUCCAGCUUUUGCCGAAGCGGCUAAAAACAAAGUUGACGAUUCGGCUAAAGAGUUAGAUUGGCUGAAUAAUAAGAGUUUUCUGACCGGGGAUGCGCUCUCCCUUCACAGUCGUUUUACAGACAAGAACAGUGAGAAACCCAACCAGAGGGAAGCGAGUGCCGCAAGAGAUCUUACCUCUACUGAGGAGGAAGAGAGAGGAGGAAGUGAAGUGCCACCUAAAAAGAAGAAAAAGAAAAGCGAAAAAAGGAGGAAAAAGAAGAAAAAGCACAAGAAGAAGAGCGGGAGGUAUUCAAGCAGCAAUGGGUCAGACUCUGACAACAUCUAUCCCAGUGACCUUAAAAGGGAAGAAGAGGAAGUUAGGCAGCAGGCUCCGUUGGCGAGUCACUUCUCCUGGUUGGAUGAUCUCCAGUCACCCACAGAUCAGCCCUUCUGCGUGGAUCGUAAACCUGACCCGGCUAACUGGACUUACAAGUCUCUGUACAGAGGAGACAUUGCUAGGUAUAAGAGAAAAGGCACCUCCUCUUUGGGUCUGAACUCUCAGCGGCAGGCUGUCAGCUGGGACGAUUCAGAAACRAAAAAGAAACAAAAGGGAAGGGACAGUAAAGCAGCAGACCGAUAUUAUUCAACAGCCAGUCGGCAGAUGCUGAGGUCUGAGCCUCCAAUUCCUGUAUUAUCCUCUGAUAAUAGUGAUGCCUUCAGGUCCACCGCCUUCCUUCCGCUUGGUGAUGUUGAUAAGGACAACAAAGAGUCAGGUGACAGAGUACAGACGUUGUCAGUAAAUCCCCUCGGUGUGUAUGACUCGUCCACGACACUCUGGCUGCAGGGAAAAGGACCACAGGACAAUCAGAAGGUGGAGUUGGAGACGGAGGAAACCCCGGUGCGUGUAGUUGGGAGGACUGAGGAGUUCAACAAGCGGCUCAGAGAGCAGCCGACAGACACACAGCUGUGGAUACAGUUUAUAAACUACCAGGAUGAAGUGAGUGCCGUGGCGUUUGGAGGCGAGGAGGAGCAGCAGGGCAGCGAUUCAGCUGAGCGCCGUAAGUCCUCCUACAGGGCCAUCCUGGAGAAAAAGCUGAGCAUCGCUGAGCGAGCCGUGGCCUCCAAUCCCACCUGCAUCGCUCUGCAGCUGGAGAAGCUCAAGAUCUGCCAGGAGCUCUGGGAGCCUUCAGCUCUCGCUAAAGAAUGGAAGAAACUCGUGUUCCUCCAUCCAAACAGCGCCCCCUUAUGGAGGAAGUAUCUCCUCUUUACUCAGAGCUACUUCAGCUUCUUUACUGUGACAAAAGUCAACUCGGCGUAUGGAAAGUGCCUGAGCACGCUCAGUGCUGUGCGAGACGGCAGCAUGUUGUCUCAUCCGGCGCCGCCAGGAAUAGAAGAAGACAUGUUGGAUAUCUUCACCCAGCAGUGUCAUUUCCUGCGGCAGUCGGGUCAUUCUGAGAAAGCGAUUUCUCUGUUUCAGGCCAUGAUGGACUUUACUUUUUUCAAACCUGACAGUGUGAAAAAUCUGUCCACCAAGCAGCAGGUUGAGUUCUUCGAGCCGUUCUGGGACAGCGGGGAGGCGAGAGUUGGGGAGGUCGGCGCUAAAGGCUGGAAAUCCUGGAUGAUCCAACAAGAGCGAGGAGGUUGGGUUCAACCAAGCGAAGAGGAGGAGGAGGAUGAGGAGGAAGAAGAGGAGGAGGUGAAGGACGGGAGCCUGCCCCGAGCUGCAGUGUGGCUGGAUGUGGAGUCGUCUCGGGAAGCAGCUCAUUGGCUGCCCUGGAGACCCGACAAGACCAAGGGCCAGUCGGAGGAGGACUGUGAGGACCCUGACAGACAGGUGCUGUUCGACGACAUCGGCCCAUCCCUAAUUUGCCUGUCUUCACCAGAGCUCCAGCUCCGACUUCUUCUCCAUUUCUCAUCCUUUCUGGGUCUCCCGGUGCACUCUGCGCCUCCUUCUGCCCUGUGUCAGCCCGACCUUCUCCUGGAGAACCUUUCUCUGCUCACUCAGGGUAACGACCCCCAGCGUCCUCUGACGUCCUACGAUCUGCCUGACCCCGGGGUUAACCCUGUAGGUCACAUGACCACCCUUCAGGGAACCAGGAAGUGGGCGGGGCUCGGGCGGCAGGGUGAGAAGUUUCUCACCAACGUGCUCAACACGAUGCAGCCUCUCCUCCCUCCCCACCACCGAGCCGUUCUGUCACUCUGCUGGAUCCAGUACGAGAAACUCAAGGUUUUGCGCUGCUUGCGAAGCGCCCAUAAAAAGCGACUUCGCUCUCAGGGUAAGAGCAGCAAGCGAGUUGUUAGGAGGCUGCUCAAAGAACCCGAGAACCGCUCGUCGCUGGCGUUGUGGCGGGAGUACGCGCACCUGGAGUGGCUGCUGGGGAACCUGGACGAGGCCCGUAAGGUGUUCUCCACGGCCGCUGCGAUGGGCGGAGCCAACGGUCUGAGCAGCCCCGCCCUGUGCGAUCUCUGCCUGCUGUGGGCCCAGCUGGAGGUGGAAGACGGGGUUAAGGAGCAUGCGGGGCGACUCCCUGACGUAACCACGUCGCCGGCCGUCUGCGUUCUGGCCCGGCUCGCUGAGGGAGCGUCAUCCGGGUCCGUCUCCCCCGUUUUCAUCCUGAAAGCCAGGAGGUCAUUCGAACAGGCUCUGGACCAGAACAUCCAGAGGCUCCAAUCAGACAAAGAAGGAAGCUCAGAGGAGAGUUUGAGGUUGAGAGAACUGGUCGGCUGCUUCAUCCUGUUCCAGUACCUCACAGUUGGCAUCCAGGCGGCUAUGGCUGUUUACGCCCAGGCGAGGGAGAGGAUGGAGGAGCUGCUCCUCAAACCGGCACCAGAAGGUCAGCAGAACCGCAACAAGACGGUCGCACCCGAGGCGAGCCCCUCCGCCGACCUCACGAACAGGACGGGCCGUUUGGCUUCAGAGUGCGAGGCGCUGUCGGUGCAGCAGGCGGCACUGCUGAGGUUCCACGGCAGCACCGCGGUGUUCCCUCUGGCUACGCUGAGACAGAUGCUCACCUCCGCCCUCUCCGCCUGGCCCAACAGCGCCCCCAUGUGGAGCAUGUACCUUCAGGUGGAGAACCGACACCACAGCGCCGGCCGGGCUCGGCGGUUCUUUCACACCGUUACCAGAGACGGCAGCAGCAGCGUGGUGCCCCGUCUGUUUGCUAUUGUUGCCGAACAACAGAGGAAGCAGCUGGUGGACGCUGCUCAGAGAUCAUGCUGCUUUGAUAAGCCCUCGCCUCUGCUGCCAGAAAUCGGCCUCAGUAACCGAAUCCGCGGACUGUUUGAGAGCGCCAUAGCAACAGAGACGGGCGCUCACUGCUCUUUGCUGUGGAGGAUGUACAUCCACUUCCUGGUGUCUGAAGGUAAAGUGGAGAAAGCCAGAGGGAUCUUCUACAAGGCCUUGCAGAGCAUCCCCUGGGCCAAG